GGACUCGUCCUGUUCCUGAAAAUACGUAUGACGUCGUAUUGCUUGGACCGCACUCGCUAAAUCACUCGAACUAUCGCUGGAUGAAACAGUGAUCGAUAGUGACUGAAUCGCUUAGUGAUUGGCUAUGAAGGUUUUUGGACAAUUCGGGUCGAGGAGGUGUAUUGUUAUCAGUGAGAUUUGACGGCGUGAGAAAAUUUCGAGUGGACAUGGACGCAUUGUACGCUCAUUACAUUCUCAGAGGGGUUCUUAUCAGAUCGGGGUACAUUUUUACCAACACAUGGGGCAUUGAGAAAAUAUGAAAUAAUGUACAUACGAUUGCCACGAUGCUCCGAGCACGCGCCAUUCAUUCUUCUUCUCAUUUUUCUAUGUAUGUCGUUCAAAUUGGGCGGCGGAAAACGAUCAUCUUUUCAAUCAGCCAAAAUCGGAAACGGUGAUUAUAAAGACGACAGUAAUGUCUUGCAUAUCGGCGGUAUUUUUCCGAUCGCUGGAGAGGGCGGUUGGCAGGGCGGCCAGGCGUGUAUGCCGGCCGCCCAUCUCGCCCUCGAAGACGUCAACGCAAGAAAAGAUUUACUGCCCGGGUAUGUGCUUAAGCUGCAUAGCAACGAUAGUGAGUGUGAACCCGGACUGGCUGCAAGUGUUAUGUACAAUCUCCUUUACAAUCAACCAACCAAGCUGAUGUUAUUAGCUGGGUGUAGUACCGUAUGUACUACAGUUGCAGAAGCAGCGAAAAUGUGGAAUCUAGUUGUGUUAUGUUACGGAGCAAGUUCGCCCGCAUUAUCAGACAGAAAUCGGUUUCCUACAUUGUUUCGCACUCAUCCCUCCGCAACCGUUCAUAAUCCCACGAGGAUCAAGCUGAUGAAGAAAUUUAACUGGUCUAGGAUAUCCAUCUUGCAGCAAGCAGAGGAGGUCUUUAUUUCAACGGUUGAGGAUCUCGAAAGAAGGUGUAUGGAAGCCGGUAUAGAAAUAGUAACAAGGCAGUCAUUCCUUUCUGAUCCUACUGACGCUGUUAGAAAUCUCAGGAGACAAGAUUCCAGAGUUGUAAUAGGACUUUUCUAUGUCGUAGCUGCAAGAAGAGUCCUCUGCGAAUUGUAUAAACAAAAUCUCUACGGAAAACAAUACACUUGGUUUUUUAUAGGUUGGUACGAAGAUAACUGGUUUGAAAUAAUGAUAGAAAAAGAAGGAAUAGAAUGUACAGUAGAACAGAUGCGUAUGGCCGCCGAAGGCCAUAUAACAACCGAAGCGUUAAUGUGGAAUCAGAACCGUAACGAACGCACCAUUUCCAAUAUGACAUCAGAAGACUUCAGGUUGCGAUUAAACGAAGUACUUCGAAGAGAAGGGUACGACAUACAGAACCAGAGGUAUCCAGAAGGUUAUCAAGAAGCUCCUUUGGCGUAUGACGCCGUAUGGAGCGUUGCGUUAGCUUUCAAUAAAACAAUGGAUCGUCUCCACAAGUACGGAAAGAGUUUAAAAGAUUUCAAUUACAAUAAUAAAGAGAUCGCUGAUGAUAUUUAUUCAGCUAUAAAUUCCACGCAAUUCUUAGGAAUUUCGGGUUUUGUGGCGUUCAGCUCACAGGGCGACAGGAUCGCGUUGACUCAGAUAGAGCAAGUGAUAAACGGCAGUUACGUUGUCCUGGGAUAUUACGAUACCCAAGCCGACAAUCUCACAUGGUUCGGCAGGGAAGUUUGGCGAGCUGGUAAAGUUCCUCAAGACAGAACUAUCAUCAGAAGAAUAUUGAGAAACGUAUCCUUACCGCUGUUUAUUUGCAUGUGUAUCAUAUCCAGCAUUGGAAUUAUUAUAGCGGCAGUUUUAAUAGGAUUUAAUAUUUGGAAUAAACAUAGAAGGGUGAUUCAGUCUUCUCAUCCGAUUUGUAAUACUAUAAUGUUGUUUGGUAUAAUAGUGUGUCUCGCCGCGGUAUUUCUACUCGGUUUGGAUGGGAGAUUCGUUAAUCCCGAAGCGUACCCUCUAGUUUGUCAAUCGAGAGCCUGGUUCUUAUCGACAGGUUUUACUUUAUCUUUCGGAGCCAUGUUCAGCAAAGUUUGGAGAGUCCAUAGGUUUACCACUAAAGCUAAAAGUGAUCCCAAAGUGAGAAUGAAAAAAGUUCAACCAUGGAAACUGUACUCUAUGGUAUCCGGCUUGUUGACGAUUGAUUUUAUUAUAAUGAUCAGUUGGCAAUUGUUGGAUCCUUUGCAGAGACGCAUCGAAAUAUUUCCAUUAGAGCCUCCCGUUUCAGCUUUGGACGACGCUCAAAUUAGACCGGAGCUAGAACACUGCGAAAGCCAACACAAUAACGUUUGGUUAUCUGUUAUUUAUGCUUAUAAAGGUUUAGUUUUGAUUUUCGGUUUAUUUUUGGCUUAUGAAACUAGAUCGAUGAAAGUAAAACAAAUAAACGAUUCGAGAUAUGUUGGAAUGAGCAUCUACAACGUUGUUAUAUUAUGCUUGAUCACAGCUCCGGUAACGAUGGUAAUCGCUAGUCAACAAGACGCCAGUUAUGCAUUUGUGGCACUAGCGAUUGUUUUUUGCUGUUUUCUCAGCAUGGCUCUCAUAUUCGUGCCUAAGGUUAUCGAAGUGAUAAGACAUCCGAAAGAUAAGGCUGAAAGUAAGUACAACCCAGAUCCGGGUCUUUCUAAAGAAGAAGAAGAAAAAUACCAAAAGUUACUUAGCGAAAAUGAAGGAUUACAACGACUAAUAGCGCAGAAAGAAGAAAAGAUCAAAAUUCUGAAAGAACGUUUAGCUGAAAAAGAUUUGAACAGUAAAAGCGGACUACUUACGCCAUCUGCAAUCAUUCAAGAUACAAAUGACGAAAGAAAAUAGGUCCACGAGGAGAUUAUAGAGUGUGUCGGCUUUGGUAGGUAUCCGAAGGAAAGCGGAACGGAGUUUUAUAAAAUUCAACGAUUUUGUUAACGAUAAAACAUCGAAUAUAUAUAUGAAAAAAAAUUUUAUGAAACUCUGAAUAUUUUGUGCAUACGUUUUAGUUAAAUUAAAGACAGACAAUAUUAAAAAAUUGUUGUAGAAUAUCGUAAAUAUUGUAAAAAAAAUUAUAGAAAAGUAGAACGGAAGACGUGUUAAAAUUGAUAUAUUGCAAGUUAGUAUGAUGCAAUACAACGUGCAAUGCAAUGCAAGUUGCAAUUCUAGGGAGAAGUCUAGUUACUUUUGGCGUAACAACCAAACACAUUGUCUUGCACCAUGACUAAUCUUUUCUAAUUAUAUGGAAAACUAUGCGUUAACGUAUUUCAACAUUAUGUAUAUAAAUUCCAUAAAAUCGUGUUGUCACACUUACCGAUUUUGAUAUUAGUCAUUUAAAUAUAUCAUACUAGAUAAAAAUAGUAUAAAAAUUUAGAUGUGAUGAUAUCUUGGAAACGACAAGAAGGGUUUUUGGAUAAUUGAAUAAUCAAAUUCCACUCGAAGUAAUAAUAUUUGACUAAUAAUUGCAUUAUUAGAAUAUCGUAUAGAUUCUCUGUUUUAAAAACGUGCUGAAACUUCGUGAACGUGCCCCAAAUAUUUGAUAUCCUGCAAGGAUAUAAAACAAUGGCCAGAUUGAAGUUCUUUAGACAAAAUUAUUUCGUUCUACUUUUUUAGUAAAUAAAACUAAAUAAAAUUGCUGUGACAAAAAAAUGAUUUAGAAAAGUACUGCUAGUCUGGUAGUACUUAUAAGUCAAUUUCAUAAAUAUUUAGUCGUUGUUGUAUAAAUUAUAUGAAACAUGUUUUCUAUUAAAUAGAAAAGAAUAUUUUUUUGAUAGUCUAAAGUAAUCAAGGAAUAUUUGAGGCGCCUAGAAUCAAGUCCAUCUCGAGAAAUCUUCGGAAAAGUGGAAAAAACAUGUCACAAACAAACCAAUCAUAUGAAAUUAUCAAUUUUUUUAUCAAAACAUCGAUAACUUUUACUUUAUGGAUAAUAAUGUUUUCAUCUUCUUUAUUGUUGAGACCUUCGGCUUCUUCUUUGAUUUCCCAAUUCACGAUUAAAUUUUAGCAUGUCGUGGUUUCUCCACCCUUGUUGAUGGCUUCAAGGUUAAUGUGAAACAUAUUAAACUUUGGUUUUGUGACAGCUUUUACUUGACAAAUUUCAAUUCUAAAAAAAAAUCAUCCUGGACCAGAAUGUUAUUUUUCUGCUUGUACUUUUUUAGCAUAAUCUUUUUUGAUUUUUUUUUCGUUUGAAGUUCGGUUCUUUAACCGAGACAAUGACUUCAACAUGAUGAACGGUUCCAUGUUUCCCCAGAACUUCUUCAAACUCUUCAAGAAUAGUGCCCUUCUUGUUCAAAUCUUUCUAAAUCAAUCCAAACACCUUGUCGAAAAUCAAGCAUAAAGGAUAAACAAUUCGCAGUGGAUCUGCGACAACUAAACGUCAACUCUGACCUCAAAAUACACUAGGAUGUAGCGGUAUUUGCUAUAAAAUAAUAGUUGUACUGAAAUCAACAUGGAAAAAUCUGUAAGAAACAAUAUUAAACUCAAUUUCGAAAAAAUAUUGACUUUUUUUAUUCUAGGCACCUCAUUUAUAAGAUUCACGAAAUCCGAAAUAGAGAUAAAAUCAUGAAACAUCUUUCAUUUCAAACUGUUCUUCAUUCUUUAAUAUUGACUAAGCUGGAAUUUCUAGAACCGUUGGAGAUAUUCAUACUGAAUACACUGUCGGACGCGCGUUUCGAUAAUAGAGUUAUCGUCUUCAGAGACUGAAGUUAAACUGUCUAAAGACGAUAACUUGGUUAUCUAAACGCGCCUCAAACAGUGUAAUUGUGAGUAAACGGUGUAUUCAGUAUUCUUCAAUAUUGUUUCGAGCUAAUUCACCAUAUUAUUUUGAACUUCGAUAAAAGUGACUCUAGUGAACAUUUUAGCCAUAAUAACGUCGGUUAUGAAUACGUAAUUAUGUAUAAUAAAACUAUUUCCGCAUAUCAUUUUUGAUCUUCAAUCACAGAUCAGCGUAUAUUUAUAACCACAGGGAAAUAUUAUUUGAAUCCGAUACGAUAUGGCAUGACCACUAAUGCGCUGAAUUAAACUAAAAAGUAGAAAACAAGUUUCUUUGGAAUCAUCUGAAACUAUGUGCAGAAAAAGUUUUAUUCAAUUUAACAAUACUCUCUACGAGUAUAAAUACACGUUAAUGUGAUAGUUUUUUUAUUUGUUGUGCAAUUUAAAAAACAUUUGUAGCUUUUGUCAAUAUUUAGGUGUUGUUUUAAUAGUGAGAAAAGUCGCUCAAUAUUUAUAUUAAGUGAAUAAAAAAAAAAAGUAUAAAAGUAAUAAGCUCUUAAAUUUUAUAAAAACAGAAAGUAAUAAACGUGUUUGAAAUUUUCAUAAUUACGGGGUGAUUCAUUAAGUUUGUAGGCCGUAUUAUAAUCCAAAAAAGUUUGCGGAAUAUUUUUGAAUCAAAUUUCUAAUACUUACGUUAUUAUUUUUGGUAAUUAUACACUUUCACGGUCACCUGGUUUUUUAGCUCUAGAAAAUCGAAAAAUGGAUGGAUUUUAAUGAUCUUGGUCUCAAAAUGUUCCAUUUUACGGCGGAUUUAUAAAAAAAAUUAGUAGAAAUAGCUGGAAUGAAAAUUUCUCAUAGUUUUACUGUUUUAAAUCGUAAAAAAAACGGUUUUGCAAAAUAAUCCUUCACAAAAAAUUAUCUCAUUAUCAGAUAAAGUUCUUAUAUUUUUUUUGUAUUCUUCAUAAAUUAAUAAACAAUUUAAAAAAAAUCCAAAAAGAAUGAUUUUUUCAGUUUUUAUAGCUUACAAUGAAAUCGAUAAAAAACAAUCAAUUUUCGUGAAUAGUUUCGUACUAUAUUCUUCAAUGUUAAUAGUUUUUGGACCAUUAAAAAUCGAAAAAUAGAAAAAUUUUAUAAUUUUGGUCUCAAAAUGUUCCAUUUUACAACAAAUUUAUGAAGAACACGGGGGUAGUGGCUGAAUUUGCGGUUUUUAAUAGUUUUAAACCUUAAAUAGUAGAAAAACUUUUUUUUAUUCAAAAUAUUCAUUUUUUUAUGUAAAUUGCGAAAAAAAAUAUACGAACUUGAUUCCACGACGUCAGAAACAGUUACGAAGGAUUAUAUGUAGAAAGUCAUUUUUUUGCUUUUAAACUCAUGAAACUGUAAAAAUUAUUUAUUUUUUUUUUAAUUUUCGUAUUUUUUUUAUAAAUCCGCCGUAAAAUGGAACAUUUUGAGACCAAGAUCAUUAAAAUCCAUCCAUUUUUCGAUUUUAUAGAGCCAACCUAACCUAACCUAACCUAACCAAAAAACUAGGGGACCGCGUAUAAUUACCAUAAUUUUUUGUAAAGGAUUAUUUUGCAAAACCGUUUUUUUUACGAUUUAAAACAGUAAAUCUAUGAGAAAUUUUCAUUCCAGCUAUUUCUACUAUUUUUUUUAUAAAUCCGCCGUAAAAUGGAACAUUUUGAGACCAAGAUCAUUAAAAUCCAUCCAUUUUUCGAUUUUAUAGAGCCAACCUAACCUAACCUAACCUAACCAAAAAACUAGGGGACCGAGUAUAAUUACCAUAAUUUUUUGUAAAGGAUUAUUUUGCAAAACCGUUUUUUUUACGAUUUAAAACAGUAAAUCUAUGAGAAAUUUUCAUUCCAGCUAUUUCUACUAUUUUUUUUAUAAAUCCGCCGUAAAAUGGAACAUUUUGAAACCAAGAUCAUUAAAAUCCAUCCAUUUUUCGAUUUUCUAGAACCAAAAAACCAGGUGACCGUGAAAGUGUAUAAUUACCUUAUUUUUAAUUGAAAAAGAUUUGUGGACGUAUAUUAACAAAUUUAUAAAUAAACUAAUUUUAAUUGAAAAAAUCUGUUUCAAAAUAUUACUAGAUUAUUAAAAUAAAAAACGAAAAUGAUAUUAAUAUUCUAAAAAGUUGUGAUAAUAUAGUUGUUGACGAAGCAUCGAUUUUGAAACAGAAAUUUUUUAAAACUAUUCAAAAAAUUAACAAGGAUAUUAUUAUUUUCUCGCUAUUUCUCUGGAUACCGAGCAUCCUUGGUAAGUCUGUUUAUAUAAUCCGACAAUGAACAAAUAAAGUAGGUUAAAUGUUUUAUAUUAUCCUCUCGGUGAAUAUUUUAUAAGUUUUCGUUUUAACUGUUAUUUCAUUAAAUGACAAAAAUUAUAAUAAAAACCGCUUUUAUAAGAGAUAUAGUAAAUGUUAUAAAUGUUUUGUUACAACAGACGUAAUUUAUUCAUGUUAUUAUUAAUGAAACAAAAAGUUGUAACAUAUCAUAAUAAACAAAAAUAAUAUCGUUAACAACAUUAGAAAAUAUUCCUCCUAAGUUUAAAAACGUUUCUAAAAUUAAUUUUUCAUAAAAAGUUUUGCAUGUUAUAAAAUCUAAAGCACACAAAUUCAAAUUUGUUUAGUCGUAUACAAGGUACAAUAAAAAGCAUUAAUUUCAACUACAACAGUACAAUAUCAUACCACUAGAGGUCAGGACAACGCGUCAUCAAUUAUUUUGAUUUGUGUCCUAUUGUAUCUAAACUCAAUUAGUCGUUGAUAUUAGUUAUUUAUAAAAAUAGUAAAGAUUUAAAGAAAUUCUUAAUUAUUGGUAGUAGUUUUUUUGUCGAUCGAAUCACUUUUAUCAAACUUUGAUUCGUAGUUUAAAUGAAUUCUUUCUUUUAGCAAAUCAUAAGCAAAACUAGAUUCACACAACAUAUUAUUAACGAUUUAAUAGUCAAUGUCAAUUAAUUAAAUAUUGUGAUUUAUUUGUUUUUUCUUCGAAAAUAUUUACUAAAAAAGUAUUAAAGCGAAAUUGUUUAUUAUUGAAGUUGUUAUUUAGUAUUUUUAGAAGAAAAAGUACAAAUAACGAAAGAAAUUUUCUUGUUCUCCAAAAAAGGAUUUUCAUUUUGUCAAUUUACUUUUAUAUGUUUGCGUACUGUUCCGAGUUUUUUGUUAAUUAUUGUUAAUAAUUUUUUGAUUAAAAAUCUGUUGUGAAACUAACGAAUUCAAAGAUGGAUUUCUGUUUACACGUUUAUUUUUGUUUUACGUUUCGAUGCAUGGUUGAAUAAAGGACAUUUCGGACACGAUGAUCAUUAUGUUUGGAAACUAAUCUGGAUUUGAUAAAACAAUAAGAAUUUAUUAUAAAACUAAAUAAAAAGGAAAAAGGGCGUUCAGCAGUUGUGUCUCUUUUUGGGUUGAAAUUUCAAAACUAUCUGAUAGGAUAUUUAUGUAAUUAAGGGUCGUAGUUUCCAAAAAGUCCUUAUGUCUUAUUAUAAUUAAUUGUUUUAUCGAUAUUGCUAUACACAUAUUGAUUCAUAGUUGUAUACUUUCAUAUUUACGGAUACAUAUAUAGCAUGUUGAUAUUAAUAACUCAUUUUAAAUUCGUUAUGGCUUAUUUUUUUUAAUUGUGAAAAUUAAAUGUGAAAAUUCAUUUGAAACAAUGUCAAGUAAAGUUUUUACUUUAUCAAAUUAUUGCUAAAAAAGAAACAUCAUUUUAUCGAUGUACCAAUACAAUUAUACAGCGUUUGAAGCUGAAAUUGGACAAGUUCUUAAAACAAUAAUAUAUAAAAUGUGGAAUCUUCACACGCGUUGAAUCUUUAUAUAAUAAAAAAUUUCUUGACAUUCAUUUAUCUCUUCAGGAACGGGCCUGGAUAAUUUUGUAAUUCUAAAACCACCUUUAUUAUUAGAAAAAUUGAGAAAUGUUUGAUAAUUCUGUAUAAAUAGGUAUCUACCUAAUUGAAAAUAUAUUGUAAUUACUAGUACCUAUGAAUUGCAGUUUAACUGUCGACAUAUGUGUUCAAAAAACCCAAUCAGCUACCCAAAUUCUUAUGUCAAAUUAAAUUUUAAUUG